CUCAAACGACAGGACCUUAUCUUUAGAUACUCCGAGGAAAAAAAAAAAAUGGAAGCGAGCUCCGCCGUUUUCUUCUUCUCCGUAAAACGCCUUCUCCCUUUCAACCUCUGCGGCUCUUCUCCCUCCUCCUCCUCUUCUUCUUCUUCUCCGAGACAUCUCCUCGUCGUAAACUUCAAGCCAAGAACUAUAAAAUCCCUGAUGUUUCCUCCGUCUUCUCGAGGUUCUCUUUCCCUUUCGCCACCCUUCGCCGUUGCUGAAGCCUUAGAGCAAGUAGCAGACACUUCGGAUUCUCCGAGAGGGGCGUCGCACAAAAUCGACAAGAACGGGAGAUUUUGCAGCCCGAGAGCUGCACGAGAGCUUGCUCUGCUGAUUGCUUAUGCCGCGUGCUUAGAAGGGUCUGAUCCGGUUCGGCUCCUAGACAAGAGAGUUAAUGCGAAAAGAGAGCCUGGCUAUGUUUUCGACAAGGCUGCUUUAUUGCAGUAUGAUCACAUGAGCUUUGGUGGGGCACCUGUGGAGGCAGGGACAGAAGAAGAGGCAGAGGAGCUCAUGCUCAAGAAUGAAAGGGACUCAGCUAUUGAAGCAGAAGUUCUUUCAGCUCCUCCAAAACUGGUGUACAACAGAUUUGUUCUACGUUUGACAAGGAAAAUCUUGGGAGCAGUUGUUGAUCGGUGGAAUCAGCAUGUUCUUGUCAUUAACAAAAUAAUUCCCCAAAAUUGGAAGGAUCAGCCUGCAGCAAGAAUUUUGGAGCUCUGCAUUCUUCACCUUGCAAUGGCAGAAAUAACAGUGAUAGGAACAAGGCACCAGAUUGUCAUAAAUGAGGCGGUUGAUCUUGCAAAACGAUUCUGUGAUGGCUGUGCUCCUAGGAUUAUCAAUGGAUGCCUCCGGACUUUUGUCAAAGAUUUCAGUGCAAUGGAUGCUGUUCAGUCUUUGGAAUCAUCAAAAGCUUGAAAUUUAAGGACAUCUUUAUAGCAGAUCGGAGUGGAAAGCAGCGGCAAAAGUUCAAGAAAUCCUCAUUCUAUUUGUCAAAGCCUAACAGUCAUGUAAAGUGGGAGUAGGGAAAACUGCAGGUUAAUUGUGGUGAUCAAAAGGACUUGAUAAAUUUCCAUUGGUUACUGGGAGAACCAAGGGUGGGGAGAAAACGAAAUGUACUUAGCCUUAGAAAUGAAUCACGAGAUCCAUAUUUUUUCCGCAUGAUUAGAACCUUUAGUUUUAUUUUGAUGAAUAUUGUGCCCACAUCUGUAUUACAAAAUAAUUCAGACGAAUGCAUUGUAGAUUCUGAGUUUUUGUAUUACUGAUACCAAAUUCACAUA